AUGAUGCAGUCGAGAGAGGAGAGGAGGGCUGAGUCACCAUCAGGUCUCGUGCUCACCACCGACCCUAAGCCUCGCCUUCGCUGGACAGCAGAGCUUCAUGGACGUUUCGUUGACGCCGUCACUCACCUUGGAGGCCCUGAUAAGGCUACACCAAAGACGAUUAUGAGAGUGAUGGCUGUGAAGGGUCUUACACUUUACCAUCUCAAGAGCCAUCUCCAGGAUGCAAAUGGAAGUGAAAAGAAGAAUAGAGGAAGAGGUGGAAGUAGAAAGACAAGUGAAUCAAGGAUAGAAGCACAAGGGAAAUACAUGGAGAGCAUGUUGGAGAAAGCAUGUGAAACCCAAGAAGCAAGUCUCACCAAAGACUACUCUACUCUCUUUUUCAACAACACUACACCCUUACCAGUUUCAUGGUUUGAGGAUCAUUUUCCCUCGUCUUCCUCCAUGGACUCUACACUUAAUCUUUCUGACAUCAAUCCCAGUUUCUCCCUCCAAGAUUCUCGGAGUUCCAUCACCAAGAACCGUACGAUUUGUCUCGGUUAG